AUGAAGCUUCUAUCUUGGAAUAUUAGGGGUCUAGGUAAACCGGAGAAGAAGGGCAGAAUCAAAAGUCUAAUAAAAGACAAGCAUGCUGAUAUUGUUUUCCUCCAAGAGACCAAGAAAGCAGUAACUUCUGAUAAUGCUGUUAAAAGGCUCUGGGGUUGCAGAAAUAUGGAAUACAUGUCUGUGGAUCCUGAAGGCACUGCUGGUGGGCUUCUUUGUAUCUGGGACCCUGCUGUCUUUCAACUCUCUGGUUGCUGUUGUAAUAGGAGGUACAUCUUGCUUUCUGGUUCCCUGUACAAUUCUUUUGAGUGUGUCUUAAUUAACAUAUAUACACCAAAUGAUAUCUGCGCUAGAUCAUCUCUUUGGGCUGACAUCCUCAAGCUCAAAGACCAUUUCCCUGCUCCUUGGUGCAUGGGUGGGGACUUUAAUGAAAUAAGGCAUAUAGGAGAAAGGGUAGGCUGCUCCAGGAGGGAUAGAGGGAUGCAUCAUUUUAAUGAGUUCAUUGGAAAAUGUGAGCUCAAUGACUUACCUCUGCAUGGAAGAAAAUACACUUGGUGUAAUGCCCAAGAAUCUGAGAAAUAG